UGGCAGAAGCAGCGAACGGCGGCGACAGAAGAAAACUUUGCUCAUGAUCGGAAUAAUUUUGGCAUUGUUCUCUUGUAUUUCAAACGCGAUGGCCAGCAAUAAGGAGCGUACUUUUAUUAUGAUUAAGCCCGAUGGAGUUCAACGUGGGCUUGUUGGUAAAAUUAUUGAGCGUUUCGAACAGAAAGGCUUUAAAUUGGUAGCCAUGAAAUUUAUGUGGGCCUCCAAAGAUUUGCUGGAGAAACAUUAUGCCGAUUUGUCUUCUCGUCCAUUCUUCCCCGGUCUAGUGAACUAUAUGAACUCUGGCCCUGUUGUCCCCAUGGUAUGGGAAGGAUUAAAUGUAGUUAAGACUGGUCGUCGCAUACUCGGUGAAACUAAUCCCGCUGAUUCAUUACCUGGAACAAUACGGGGAGAUUUCUGCAUUCAAGUCGGCCGGAAUAUUAUUCAUGGCUCAGAUGCCGUUGAAUCGGCAGAAAAGGAAAUUGCUUUAUGGUUCGAUGAAAAAGAGCUUGUCGCCUGGAAACCUGCGACCAAUGACUGGGUUUAUGAAUAAAAUGAAUUAGUCGAUUCAGUGGAUAAUAGCGGCAUUUCAUUUAGUUACUAAGGUCAAAAAGUUAAUUCCAUUAUAUCAAUAAAUACUCCAAAAAACUUUUAAAAAAAA